UGUUAUAAUGUGAUUUUGUUCAGGUUGUAUUCAAAGGUUCUAUGCUAUAAUACAAUAAUUUGGCCAGAUCAGGCUGGAAGUGAGCGUCUCCUCAUGGGCAGCGUGUUGGCCUUGUCGUCUCGCCCUGGGCGUCAGAAUUCCCCGUUCCCCCAGGACAGACCUCUGUCACGGUGGGACAAGAGGGAUGGAAGACUCCCAAACCCAGGCAGCUUCGACGGCCUUCAUCGCAGCUGCAAAGAUGUGUUUCCACAGCAGGUUGAAGGAGUGAAAAUGGUCAUCAACAAAACCCUAAGCAGCUUUUUCAAGGUCAGUCAUACGUUUCACAUCAGUGCUGUGGCUCCGUCGACGUACCGCUUCCAUGUCGAGCAUCUCCAAUCAGACAACGACAGCAAAGAUACAGGCUCGCCGAUGCUCAUCGGAGAAAUGGAUUCCUCUGGCAGUCUGAAUGCACACUCUUUAUUCCACAUGAGCGAGAGAAUACGAACCAAAGCAGUCUUUCAGACUGUUCAGCUGCAGUUUGUCACGUGGCAGUUCGAGACUGAGUACAGAGGCAGCGACUUCACAGCCGCCGUUACCAUGGCCAACCCGGACAUCUUUAGAGAAUCUGUAAUCAUGGUGGCGCACUUCCUGCAGAGUGUUUCUCCACAGCUAGUUCUCGGGGGAGAGUUGGUUUACCACCGAGGGCGAGCUGAAGAAGGCAGCAUCCUCACCCUCGCUGGACAAUACUCAGGUCCCAACUGGGUCGCUACAUUAAAUGCUGGUAAAGGAGGUGCCCAUGCCAGCUAUUAUCAUCGAGCUAACAAGCAGAUCCAGGUUGGAGUCGAGUUUGAGGCUAGCACUAGGACCCAGGAGACCAAGUUCUCUUUUGGCUACCAAAUGGAUUUACCAGAAGCCAACAUGGUCUUCAGAGGUAUGCUGGACAGCCGGUGUAUCAUCGGAGGUGUUCUGGAGAAGCGCCUGUGUCCUCUUCCGGCUACGCUAAUCAUGGGGGCCUUCGUCAACCACAGAGCAGACAAGUUGCAAGUCGGCCUCGGAGUGAACGUCGGCUAGAUCCCAGGUCUACACGGAAAGUUCUAGAAAUAUCCUCAGGUCUGUCUAAAAUGACUGGUUCGUCAUGGAUCACAGCUAAAAUAACCUGGCAGUUCUGGACAUUCUGUUGUGUUGUACAGAAAUAAUGGUUCUGAGAACAUUUGGAGAAACACUUCCAUGUUGGUGCUGUCUUUCCUCAAACUAUGACACGUCUGUCACUAACACCUCAAAAGACUGUGUUUGAUCCUAACCUUGACUGGAUAUCCAAAACACGGAAUAUUUAUGGAUGUUUUGGAGAACAUAAAGACCAUGAAACAUAUGCAGUUUGAAACACGCAACAUCGUUUUUGAUUCGUUUUGAUUACGUAUGCAACUGGGGAUGUAACGAUAUUCAUAGUACAACAUGUUGUUCUUUAAAUAAUAAUCAUAAUAAUAAUAAAUUAUUCGCAUUUGAUAAUUGCUGUGGUAUGAAAAGAAAACAGCUCCACAAGCAAAGCAACUUGCUCUAGACAGAUCCACACACAAGUGUUCAUGAUAUCAAUAUUUUUCUGAAUAUCGCAAUAUAUUGUAUAAUCAGUUAUCGGUACAUGCCCGGAUUGCACAUUUGCACUUUUUAUUUCUACAAAAACACAUAGAAUCAAUGGAAUUAAGCGAUGAAAAGAGUAAUAUAUGUUUAGGAUUGUAAAAACAAU